UCUCUUGGGUGGGCUUGAUCUGUAGUAAUCGCGGUUUCAGUCAGCGCUCGAGACCACUUCGAGUGGUCUUGCAAUCUUGAUUGCUGAAGCAAAUUUCUGCAUGUGCCUUAUAUUGCACAUGGACAAUCACAUCUUGAUCUGUGGUUCAAACAUAUUUGCAAUCACACCUGGAAUAGGUACCUAUCGUGUAGUUGCUUCUAAACGAAAGCGAAUCCUGGGGAUUAUGGUAAUAUUAGGGAAAGUAGAGAAGAUUGGCUGUGGAAUUGGUAAUGUUUUAAUUCGUCGUGGACAACAAUGCAUCGAUGCCUAA